AAAAAGCAUCGGCGGAAGUCCGGGCCGAGCUCCAAACUUGUCGUCCCCUACUCGAGGUCCAUUCCAACAGGUUGAGUAUCCACAACUGAACGGCGACCAUGUCGGACAUCCCAAUCUUCGAAGCAGAGCUGGUGCUUGAAUGCGGAAACAACUUGGGAGAGGGCGUGCUAUGGGACGCUCAUGCCCAAGUUGUCCGUUGGAUUGAUAUUGACGAACCUGCUGUUCACUCGUAUGACCCAUCAACCGGUGCAUACAGUGUCGAUGCGUAUGCCGAAUCAGCCCAUCUUUCCAACAUUGCGCUCGUCAAGUCCAACCCAGAGGAACUUGUCGCGACGAUCCAACAUGAUAUCGUCAUUCUUCCGGCUUCCAAACCCACUCGACAACCUUCCGACGUUAAGCCCGUUGUGCAGAAAUCUCUUCGAACUAUCGCUCAACCAUUAUCCAAACCUUUCAGCACUCAAAAGGAAGUACGAUUCAACGAUGGAGGAUGUGAUCCCCGGGGGAGAUUGUUUGCUGGUUCAAUGAAUAUCGGUGAAGCAAAGGACAAUCGAUCGGGAGAGCUACUGAGGAUCGAUCCGGACGGUACAAGGACCCAGAUCUUGGAACCUGGGACUGUAGGCACGAGUAAUGGUAUAGGCUGGUCUCCAGAUGGUAAACUGAUGUACUAUAUCGAUUCUGGCGAACCUGAGGUUUCGGUCUUUGACUACGACCUCGAGACUGGAACUCCUUCCAACCGACGAACAUUCGCCGGAAAGCCUCCGGCUAUGGACGAGCUCGGUACAAGGGGUGUAUUCGACGGACUCUGUGUCGAUGGUGUAGGCAAUGUCUGGGUCGCCAGAUGGAGAGAAAGGAGGAUCAUCGGGUAUACACCGGAGGGAAAGAUAUUUGCGUAUGUCAAAUGUCCAGGUGCACUCUUGACUACCAUUCCGUGCUUUGGAGGCGAGAAUCUCGAUACCAUGUACAUUGCGACUGCUCGAGCUUCUCGAGUCGGCGAAAAGGUCGAAGAUUAUCCCGCUUCCGGCCACUUGUUCAAAAUGGACUUUGGACCUAAGAGCGCAAUUCGAAAGAUCUUGGGAGACAACUGGAAAGGUGCAGAUAAACACGCAUUCGGAAUCUAGCUCGCCCA